GCAUGGCGCGCCAUCAUGAGGGUGAUGCCGAAAGAGGCCAUUAUGUCGUCGGACAUCGGCAACAACUGCGCGAUCGGCAACGCCUAUCCGUCUUUCCCAUCGCCGCGAAAGUACUUGGCGCCGGGCCUCUUCGGUCCUUGCGGAUAUGGCUUUCCAUCCAUCCUUGGAGCUAAGGUCGGAAACCCCACUGUGCCGGUGGUUGGCUUUGCGGGCGAUGGUGCUUUCGGCAUCUCUAUCAACGAGUUGACUUCUUGCGGACGAGGUGAUUGGCCAGGUGUGACCAUGGUGGUCUUCCGGAAUUACCAGUGGGGCGCCGAGAAGCGAAACACGACAUUGUGGUAUGAAGACAACUUCGUCGGAACCGAACUCAACGUAGGUGUAGAGUAUGCCCAGAUGGCGACUGCCUGCGGCUUGAAGGGCAUCAAAGCCGAGAGCGUGGAGGAGCUUGAGAAGGCCUUGACCUCUGCCAUCGAGGGUCAGAUGAAGCGCAACGAGACGACCUUGAUUGAGGUGGUUCUGAACCAGGAGCUCGGGGAGCCGUUCCGCCGGGACGCAAUGAAGGCGCCCGUGGAGAUUGCCAAGAUCCACGCCAGCGACAUGGUCGAUUGA